CCACCCUCUCGCCUGGACCAGAGCUACGAUGCGCGUCACAGUCAAGCCCCGUUCGAGCAAGCCCUCGAGCCGGUUCCCUCUCUCGCUCGACCUCGCAGGCUCCCAGCCCACCGUCGGCUCGCUCAAGUCGGCCAUCGCCAACAAGGCCAAGGUCAACGUCCACCGCCAGCGCAUCACCACCUCGGACAAGAAGGUCCUCGACGACGACGACCGCUCGCUCGCCGACUAUGGCGUCCGCGACGGCGACUCGCUCGACUUCAAGGACCUCGGACCUCAAGUCGCCUGGAAGACGGUCUUCCUCACCGAAUACUUCGGCCCGCUCUUCAUCCACCCGGCCUUCUUCUUCGGCAGCAAGCUCUUCUACCGCCAGCAGUUCCAGCACUCGCGCAUGCAGCAGGUCGCGCUCGUCCUCGUCCUCCUCCACUACGCCAAGCGCGAGCUCGAGACGCUCUUCGUGCACCGCUUCUCGUCGGCGACGAUGCCGAUCCUGAACCUGUUCAAGAACUCGGGCCACUAUUGGGGCCUGUCGGGCGUCCUUCUCGCCGUCCCGCUGUACGGCCCGUGGAACGGCGCCGCCAAGCUCGCCGGCACCGUGCAGGACGGCAACGCGUGGCUGUACGGCUGGACCGCGCUUUGGGUGUACGCCGAGCUGUCGAACCUCGUCACGCACCUCAACCUCGCGUCGCUGCGCCCCAAGGGCACCAAGGCGCGCGCGAUCCCGACCGGCUACGGCUUCGACAGCGUCAGCUGCGCAAACUACUGGUUCGAGAGCGUCGCAUGGCUCGCCUACACGGGCUUGACGCUCAACUGGGCCGCUGCCUUCUUCUCGGCCGUCGCCAUCGGCCAGAUGUACAUCUGGGCCCUCAAGAAGCACCGCCGGUACCGCAAGGAGUUCGGAGACAAGUACCCGAGGGGCCGCAAGGCGAUGUUCCCGUACCUCGCUUGAGCGACGAGGGACGUUGGCGGCGGUCGAGCGAGCGAGGGCGAGCAAGGAGUAGAGGAGGCGCAGCAGUGCAACACAGGCAGUUCUCGCUCGCG